CGCAUGGUGAUAGUUCAGUAGGAAUGUUCAUUGUUCAUCAUCAUCAACAACCCACAACUCGUUGAAAACUUUUCUUUGCUCAUCAUCAUCGGCUCAGAGACUAAUAAAGAGAGAGAGAGAGAGAGAAAAGAUAAUUGUACUUUUUUUUUGUUCGAAUUCUCAAAAUAUUGAGCUCAUUCAAUCAGCUGAGUGUUUCAUAAGCGUGUCCAUCAAUAUAAAACUUGUGUCUCACUUUGAUUGUUACAAAAAGUGAAACUGAUCAACAAUUUAAACUGGUGAACAUUAAUUGCAACGGUGAUUCAAUUUGUAAAUUGGUUCUAAGAUUUGUUGUUGAAUUUUAAUCACCAAAGGAUUUUGACAAAUCAACAAUUUGAUUGACAAUUUUCAGCUUAAAAUGAAAUUAACUUGGUGAAAGUUUCUCAGGAUCUUUCAUUCAUAAUCUCAACUCAUUUUCAUUUCUAUUGAAGAUGAAAUUGGAAUCACAAAAGAAAAUUCUGAUCACCAUGAACUGGAAAUCAUUCAAUUCGUCAAUAUUAUGGAAAUUCAUUUUAUCAUCAUUGAUUGUACUUAAUUAUUUACCUGUUUCUGUUGAUGGUAGAGGUGGUCCACUUGAUUGUCAAAGUAAACUGGACAAUUGUACAACUAUGGUCAAGCCGUAUCUCCAUGAUCUUAAAUAUAUGUUUCCAACAACAAUUAAGGAUGUUGAUGAGAUGUGCAAAAUGUGGAGCUCAUUUGUUGACUGCGUUCGUAGAUAUGUGACAAUAUGUUUCACCGAAGAGAGAAGAAUGAAAUUCAACAGUGCUGUGGAAAAUUCUGUUGACACUGUUCACGCAAUUUGCAGUUCAGAAACUGUUCAGAGAGAGUAUCUUUCUCAUGCUCAAUGUUUUAAAAGAGUUUCAGUUGAAAACUGUGGCUCAUCUUAUCGACAAUUAAUCGACUUUGUCUCAAAUCAGAGGUCUCAUGAUGAUCAUAUUUGUUGUUCGUAUGGACAUUUCAAGGAAUGUGUAUCUGAUCCGUUGAUUCGUGAAUGUGGACCAAGGGCCAGAAAUCUUAUGGACCAUUCAAUGGGAUUCUUAAUAACUCGAUGUUCCCAAAAGUAUACUUUCAGUCCUGGAAUACCAUGUCCAACACCGGCACCGAUGACCACUGAACGGACAAUCGAACCAAAAUAUGAAUCUCUUAAUAGUGAUGAUUCAAAAUCGGAAAAAAAUCUCGAGAUUGAACAAGGAUCAACAAGCACAAUUAGCUAUUCGCUACCAAGACAAGGUCGAACCUCAUCAAGCAAUUCAAUUAUCAACCGCAAUUACCAUCAACAAUUCACCUUUGCUUUAAUUUCAUCAAUAAUAUCCUUUGCACUUUAUUGAUUCAAUUGAUAAUCAUAAUUAUUAUUAUCCCUUCUCAAUACAAUUUACUAUUAAAAAAUGUUUUCUUUUUCAAUAAUCAUUUCAAUUUAAACUAUUGAAACUUUCAUACAACAAUCAGUUAACAAUGGGAAAAGUUUACCGUUAGUUAAAUAGACUGUUAAAUAUUAAUUGUUCACUGUAAUAUAAUAGGUAAUUAAGCUCAUGUUCAAGUGAUUAAAGCAAUAAUAUUAAUAAGAAAAUUGUAUCUUUCC